AUGAAGCUUUUCGCCAUCCUCGUGUUUGCAGUGAGCUCGACCCUAGUCGCUUGUGACGCUGAGGAGGAUAGCAGACUAGCCAACACGGAUGAUCUUGUGCCAAUGACCGCGGAGCCACGCGACGCUGCCAGAGAUGCUGCGGAUCUUGAGUUGGGAAAGGCCACUGCCAAGAAGUUCGCAGAAGAUAUUAUGAAUGUUCGGAAGAGUGAAGAUAUCCAUGAUCUCACGAAUUGGUUGUUGGACUCGGUUGUGUUCAAUGUUUGUGGCAAUCGGUUGUAUAAAAACCACUUCACCGCCUUCAUUACCAACGCCCUGCUUGAUGAGGAGCAGAACCCAGGACAGUUGACAUUCGACGCCGACGAUGCUUACACUCGUGAAGACAACCUUUCGAUUAGUAUCAUUGCGAACAAUUUCAUUUUCGAGAAGGAUGAUAAGCUCAUUCUGGAUUUUAAGAAACAAGAAGACGGCUCGUGGAAACUGUCGUAUGGAACUAUUCUCACUUGUAAGCCAGUUGUAUACGAGUGA